AUGCAAGGAACCUCCAAAGACAAUGGCGGCCGCCACCCUUUGUACAGGGGAGUAAGGCAGCGAAAGAACUCAAACAAAUGGGUUUCUGAGAUCCGUGAGCCGAGAAAACCUAACCGUAUCUGGUUAGGAACAUUCUCUACCCCCGAGAUGGCGGCAAUAGCCUAUGACGUGGCAGCUCUAGCCCUCAAAGGCAGUCAAGCUGAGCUCAACUUCCCAAACUCAGUUUCCUCUUUGCCUGCCCCAACCUCCAUGUCUCCAGCAGACAUCCAAGCAGCAGCCGCUUCGGCCGCUGCUGCUUUUGGUGCUGCUAGGGAUGCGAUUGUUAUGGCAAAUAAUAACAGCCAAACAAGUGGUGUGGCUUGCAUGAAUAGUAGUUAUGAUAAUACAAAUAUGAAUGGAUUCAUGGACGAGGAUUUGGUAUUCGACAUGCCUAAUGUGCUCAUGAAUAUGGCUGAAGGAAUGCUUCUUAGCCCCCCUCGUCCUACUGUCUUUGAUGCUGCUUACGACGCUGAUGGUUUUCCUGGAGGAGACGAUUACUUGUGGAAUUUUCCAUGA